AUGUUUCGCCUUGAAAUUGUCUACAAGUUAUUUCACUUUAGUCGUUUUCCAAAGGAAGAAAUGGACGUAUUUUCUAAACCAACAUUAUUCACUCGAGUCUUUGCUCUUUCUAUAAGAAAUAUGAGUUCUACAAAUCAACAACCAAAGCAUAAAAUUCUUAUCGUAGGUGGAGGCACAGGUGGUUGUUCAAUAGCUAAUCGUUUAUGUAAACAUUUCGAAAAGAAUGAAGUUGCUGUAAUUGAGCCGUCUGCAACUCAUUAUUACCAACCUUUAUGGACACUUGUUGGUGCUGGUAUUAAACCGUUAAAGGAAUCAGCUCAACCUCUAGAAAAAGUUUUAACAUCAAAAGCCACAUUGUAUAAGGAUAAAAUUACACAUAUUGAACCAAAAGAAUCUUAUGUUGUACUAUCAAAUGGAGAUAAAAUAUCAUAUGAAUAUUUAAUCUUGGCACUUGGAAUAACUUUACGUUAUGAUAAGAUUAUUGGAGCUGAAGAAGCAUUGAAAAAUGAUCCGCGUGUUUGUUCAAACUAUUCUACAGAUUAUGUAGAAAAAACUUAUAAAGCUUAUCAAAAUUUCAAUGGUGGUAAUGCUGUGUUCACAUUACCAUCUGGACCAAUUAAAUGCGCUGGUGCACCACAAAAAGUUAUGUACCUAUUUGAAGAUUACAUGAAAAGGUCUGGUAAAAAGAUUUUGGCAAAUAUUCAUUAUUUUGCUGCUACUAAUAAAAUGUUCUCAGUUGAUAAAUAUUCAGAAAAUUUAACAGAAAUCUGUAAAAAGCGAAAUAUCAAUUGUAACUUAUCAUACAAUUUAGUUGAAGUAGAUUCACAAGCUAGUGAAGCAGUAUUUCAACACAUGGAAACUAAAGAACUUAAACGAAUCAAAUAUGACUUUUUACAUAUCACUCCACCAAUGUGUUGUCCGGAAAUUUUAACUAAAACACCAAAAUUAACUAAUCCAAAAGCAUCUGAUUAUGUAGAUGUCAAUGUGAAAACAUUACGUCAUAAUCAUUAUGAUAAUAUAUUUGCCCUUGGCGAUUGUGCUGCAUUGCCCACAUCGAAAACUGCUGCAGCUGUAGCUGGUCAGGUGGGAACAUUAGAAAAGAAUAUCUGUGAUAUUAUUAAUGGUGGUCAAGGAAAUGUUUCUGAAUACGACGGAUAUACAGCUUGUCCUAUAGUUACAGGUUAUAAUCGUGGUAUUAUAGCGGAAUUUGAUUAUAGAGCUAAACCAUUAGAAACAUUGCCUAUUGACCAAGGUAAAGAACGUUAUUUAUUCUAUUUUGCAAAAACAUACCUUCUACCACCACUUUAUUGGGAUGGACUUUUAAGAGGAAUAUGGUCUGGUCCAAAAACUAUCCGAAAUCUGCUGCACUUACAUCGACCUUCAUAUUCAGAUGCAAAAGAAUGA